CAGCAAUCCAGCUGAUUACUUUGACAGCGCUAUCGAAAACAUUUUGCGUUUUGCCAAUCGGCGUAUUUCACUAGAUUGUUUGUUUGAUAAAUUAGCUAGCGAAUAUUUAAGAAGCCUUAUAUCAAAAGUGAUGAAAGUGGGCGUUCAACGAUGGCGUCCAAUCGUGAUAUAUUUUCAAAGCAUUUGCCAAACGUGAAGUUGGCCACUCGCAUCGAUGCCGAAGGACGGGAAGUGCAGGUGGAGCGGCGUGAAGAUGAGGAUGCGACAGCGAAAGAACAGGAAACAUUCGAUUUGUUAGUGGCCGCUGGCUAUUAUCGGGCGCGUAUUAAAGGCUUAUCAUCCUUCGACAAAGUUGUUGGCGGUAUGACAUGGUGCAUCGAAUGCUGUGAUUAUGAUGUCGAUGUGGAUUUGUUGUUUCACGAAAACCUAACUAUUGGGCAAAAAAUCGCGCUUGUUGAAAAAAUCGUAUCUGUGUUGCCUCAAAUGAAGUGCCCUUUUCAGAUAGAGCCACAUCAAAUACAAGGACUGGAGUUCCUUAGCAUACACCCGGUUAUACAAUGGCUGGUAAAGAAAUCAGUUGAAAAUCGGACGGAACGUGCGCAACGACUGAAGAGGUUUGCUAUUGGCCAGUUCCACAAUCACUACCAAUAUAAAACAGACAAGGACCAUUUGGCAAAAAUAAGAAACGCGUCGGCGCAUAUAAAGCGGAUACAAGAACUGUACAACCCUACGCGGCUAUACCAACGAAAAGAUACUGGAAACGAAGACGAGAAAACGCGUGUGCGUAUGACAUUGCUGGAAUAUGGUAACGCAGCAGCGGCGAGCGCGGUUUGUGAAAGCCAUUCCAGAAAUCGAGCUGUCGGCGGAGAUGAGUUUGAUGUUCAGCAAAUGCUUAAAUAUUUAACAAUAGCAAAAGAGGAUGCCAUUUCUUCGCCUACGCACCGUCUCGACACCGACGAACGAAAUGCAAUGCACAAACACUACACAGAACUUCAACAGGAAAUGGAAACGGAUGCCAAACAGUUGUCCGAACAUAGUCAAAUUAAAAUGCUCGAAGCUUCGAAAGAAGCAUUAGAACGCAAAGUUCAACGUAAUCUCAAAGAGAAUGAAGAAAUAGAAACAGAAUUUAAGAAACAACAGCAGCAGUUGCAAAAGUUAGAAGAACAAAAACAGCAGUUGGAAGCAGAAAUUGAACAGUACAAAGCCAUCCAAGCGAAGGCUGACCCAGAGCUUCUUACAAAAGUGCAAGAUAUGCUGAAACAGCAUGAUCAGCUAAAGAAAGAGGAGUCGGAGUUCAAAGAGUUCUGUCGGCAAGAUUUGGCUAACUUGCAAAAGGAGAUUGACGAGUUAGAGGCCUUCAACACACAAACGCCAGAGGAACAAGAAGCUGCCGUUUCCAAAGAGAAAGCACAAAUACAGGAAUUGAAGCUGCAGAUAGCGAAAAAGAAUCGUGGUAUUGUGGCCAUACAAAGACGUCUAGAUGCCAUACCCGAUCGCACCGAGUUGACGCAAUAUCAGAGACGAUUCCAUGAGUUAUACAAUGAAAUGAGUGCCAAACAUAUCGAGACAAAACAAUAUUACACACUGUUUAAUACGCUGAACGACAAAAAGCGUUAUCUCGAAAAAGAACUCUCACUACUCAAUUCAAUAUGCGAGGCGUACAAUGAAGGCAUGACUAGCGCACAGGGCCGUGAAGAGUUUAUCAAACAAUUUGAGGCGAUUGUCGCGGGUGUUAAGCAAACCGAGCAAAAGGUGCGUCAAAAGUACAACGAAGAGUGUGCGAGACGUGAUGCAUUGAAUGCAGAGCUGCAGAGCCUGCUCGAACUGCAGCGCCAAUACGCGGCCGCAGUGAAACAGCUGACCAAGGAGUGCCAACGUUGCGAACAAUUGCAACAGCAUUUAAAGUCAAUUCGGCAAAAAUAGUAUAGUUUUUAGAAAGAUUUGCCUAAAGUUAAAAAGUAUUUAUAAUUUAAAAUAACAAAGAUGCAAUUUAUUUCUGAGAUUUUAAUAAGUUAAAAAUAUUCCCAAAAAGCCCUUACACAAAAGUCAACAUUAAGGAAAAACAGUUUUUUGAUUGCGAUAUUUAUACACUAAAAUAAAUAAUGCUAUAGUAAAAUAGUUUGUUUAUCAAUUCCAAUACAAGAUUGUAUGUAAUACAUAGAGAAGGUAGAAAAAAUGUUGUUUGAAUUCCAUUUUGCUACAAACUCAUCGAAAAUUUGCUUAUUUAGGAAAAAUACUUAAUUACUUGUAACUAAAAAAUUUAAAAGUAAAGAAAUAACACUAAAAUUAUUUAAAGUAUUGCCAAUAAAAUAAUGGAUUUUAUGAAAGUAAAUUAA